AUGCAGCGACAUCCCCUUUCGCGGGUCUCCGUGCCUGCUGGGCCACUCCUGCUGCUGCUGCUGCUGCUUUUGCUGGUGUCAGGGNGUGGCACCACUGGAGCGUGGGGCGCGGCAGCUGGGGCGGAACACGAGGCUCCCAUUGCCCGCCUGGAGGAAAUGGUGCGAUCGUCACUGGGUGAAAAACUGCCGCCAUCCGUGUGGGAGGUGAUGCGCUUCUUACCAGAUCCCCAGCGCCUUGAGGAGUUGCUGAUGGAGGCAAAACAAGAGUGGUGGUGUGUCGCCUUUGUGAACACCUCCUCCAGCAGCGCACGAGAGCGAUCUGUUGAAUUUAUAAAAGAAGCACUUCUGCAUGCUACCACCAUGCUGCAACAGGAGCAGCAAAAGCAGCAAGAGGAGUCUCCUCCCAAAACCCCUCCCGCCGCGCGCGUGGCGGUGAUGGACCUCGGCGAGGCAAGCACCUACUUUGAUCUGUAUCCCUUCGCACACGUCUUUGGCGGCGAUGACGGCGCAGGCGACGUUGUCGCAAGUGCCCGCAGCGAUGUGCUGGCGAACGUCGAGCGCAUGGUGCGCGACGGCCGGGUGCUGCACGCGACACGAAAGGACCUUGAGGCUCCCGUCCUCCUCCUGUUCCGCCCAGGUGCCGUGGCCUAUCUGCGCGAGGGGCGGCAGUGGACGGCGAGGCAGCUGGAGCAGCAGGAAAAUCAAAAGCCACUGCGCAUGAUGGUGCACGCAACCCAGAUGCAGCACUUCAUCCAGGAGGUGCCGCAGCGGACCGUCACUGCACUUCAGAGUCUCGCACAGCACCUGCUGUCAGACUACAAACAGACUGCCGCAAAGAGAGCGGUCGCAGAAAAGACAGACGCGAGCAACGACAACAACCACAACCUUGACGAGAAGGACCCGGAUCUGGGUAUUCUGUCGGAGGAUGAGGCGCGGCGACAUCAGUCGCAGGUGCUCAGUGCGCUGCACAGAAUACGCGAGCACCAAAAGGCGAGGCAUGAGCAUCCGCCUCAGAGUCCAUACGGCAUCGACUCGCUGAAGGGAGGUACAGUGCAGGAGCGGGCGCAAGAGCUGCUGCGCCGCAUCAGGGCGUCCAAUGACAAGCAUGAUGAGGUGGACAACGGGGGGGCUGACAAGGAGCGCAACGCGGAGGAGGCGGAGGCUGCGGCAUCUCCCGUGGAGGACACCACUGUGGGGGGUGAUCUGUAG